AUGCGCUUCGGUGUCCCCGAGUGGGGCAACCCCUCUAGCGACCACAACACUCCUUCUCUCCCUGCGCAUGCCCACGACGACGAUAGCCAAGACGACAAGGACCACGUUCGUCGUGUCAUCAACGCUCUCGAGAACGGCAACCAGGACGACAAGGACCGCGUUCGUCGUGAGAUCGACGCGCGCAACGACAACAGCCAAGACGACAAGGGCCACGUUCGGCGCGUGAUCAACGCCUGCGCCGAUAUCAACCAGGACCACAACGACCUCGUCCGUCGUAUGAACUACUCUCACGCUACGACGCUCCCUCGUGGCGGCUUUGGCGCGUACGCAGCAUCCCGUCCCCCGGCACCCUCUCCUCUCCGUCCCCGUGACUACUCGUGGUCGGGCUACAGCGGGCACGCCCCGGCUCCGUUCGGCUCCCCUGCCCCCGGCCUUCCUUCUGCCGCCCCUCGCCCUGUUGCCACUGGCUGGGGCAGCUGUGCCAUCGGCAACGCUCGUCCCCCCGGCCGCCCUAACGCGGGGGCUUUCGGUGCCAACCACGACGACGAUCGCCGCCACCCGCCCCACCGUCAGCCCGACAACAGCGAGGGCCGCCACAACGCCCGCCAGCCGGCCAACCUCGGCAACUUUCAACUCGGCGCCGUCACCCCCGCUGAUAACGGUCCCCCUCACCACCCCAUGUUCGCCGUCAACCCCCCAUCGGCGGAUGCCCCGCCGCGUCGCGUUGGGCCCGGCGCUCCCUGGCAGCGUGGUCCCUUUGAGAUGCCCAUGGCGCACCGUCAAGCCCCGCCUGCUCCAGUCGUGCAGGCUGGUGAAUCUACCAGGUCCCGCCUCCGCGUCGAGCCUGGUAUCGGCGAGGCCAACCGCCAGGGCGGCGGGCACGAUGCCGGUGGUCGCCGUGAUGCUCCGCCUGCAAGGGUCAAUGGUAGCGGUAAGGGCAGUGGUGCGAGGCGUGGGGAGGGAUCUGUUCGGCCCCGCUACAUGCCGUACCGCGAGUGGUACGCCCACCACGGCAGCGGCCCCAGCUCUCUCCUCGGCACGCCUCGUGCGAUCGUCGCCAACCCAGUCUCCCCGGCCAACUGGCCCCGCUUCGAAGAGGUCCCCGAGCAGCCCGCCGAAGGCUACCUUCGGUACAUCGAAAGGGUGUACCCUGCGUGGUUCGUGCCAGACACCGAUUUCGCUGACGAGUUCCUCUAUGAUGCCGCCAAAGCUGGCCAGCCAAAGCGAGCUGAUGGCAUGCCAGACAAGGUUCGCGAAGCCAUCUACCGCAACCUGCAGCCCAAGCUCAACGACAACCGCAUCACCAAGCGCCAGUUCGCCGCCUCCGCCUCCGUCCUCUGGAUGACCCACCCCCUUGGGACAGGACGUGCCGUCUCCACCACUCAGUUCCAGGCAGCUCAACUCCCCAACGGCCUCCGUGCGUGCCACACCGACUACCAGAAGCGCCUCGCCUACGAAGUGGCGAAGCGGAUCUGCCCCGAGGACGUCGUGGAGAGGCGCAGCCUCUGCGGAUCUUGCAAGAUCAAGGGAUUCUCUUGCUGCUUCGUGCUCUCUUCACUGCACGCUGAGAAGUGCCUGGCCAGCCUGGUUAGCCAGCGUGGAUAG